AUGAUGUUCAACAUCUUCUUCUCUGUGCUUCUCUUCGGAUUUUCCAUGGCCAACACAAAUGAAGACGUUCUUUCCGAAGAAUUUUGCCGGCAAUUCCCCAGUCUCCACCUGUGCCGUUUACACGACACACUUCAGGGUUCCUUGGUGGAGUUGCAGUAUCUGCUCCAGGAUACGGAAGCACAAAUGGCAGCUACUUCAUCUCCCAUGGAGAAGAGGAAGUCUGCAUUUGUCCGAUUCGGGAAGCGAUCUGGCAUCGACAGUCUGGACAUGGAAAAGCGGAAAUCAGCUUUUGUGAGAUUUGGUCGAUCUGCUGACAUGGAAAAGAGAAAGUCCCAAUACAUCCGUUUUGGAAGAAAGUGA